AUUCACUUGAUUUUCCCGAAAAAAACAAAACAAAAAUGUUCAUUUUCUUUUUUUUUUUUUAAACAUUUCGUUGGCCAUGUGUUGUGUGGAGUAGUUACACCUGCGUUGCGUGAUUGUGUUUCAAGGUGACAACCGCCAGGUGAAAGGCAAACACGUAAGGUCACCAUUUAAAGUUGUGCCGGCUGUGCUUGUGACAUGGCAACGUUGGCUGUUUUGUGGGAUUGUCGUCUGGACUUUUUUUUUUUUUUUCCCAUUUUCCCCUCUCCUUCUCUCUCUCCCGGACCGAACUCUUAGCAGAGUCUAGCCGCUAAAAAAGAGUGCACGAAACCCGCGCAGUUGUAUACCCGGUGUUGUCUAUAGUCACUCAGUCACGACAGUCCCCCUUUUAUUUCACGUCCCUGCCUUUUUUUUUUUUUGUUUCUUUUUUUUUCUUCUUCAAUUUGUGGAUUUUGUGUUAACUUUUCUUGUGAAAUUCGGGGAAAAAAAAAGGCGAAAUCUAAUAGAACUCGUCGUGCCCGAUAAAACACAGAGAAAAAAAACGGGGGGUGGUGGAUUGUCCUGUGCUGACUUUUUUUUUUUAUUAUUUUUUAAUUACCUUCAUUCACCACGCGUUUGUUUGUUUUUGUCCCAUUUGAAUGUGAAAGUUCGUUCCGAAUCGUUGAGAGCCGGUUGGGUGUGUUUUUUGUUUUGUUUUGUUUUUGUUAUUAUAUCAUUGGCGGACGUCAACCGGUGACAGCAGUUGGCUACAAGCCGAAAACGCAACUUGUAUCGACGGGUGGCUCUCCGCAGCUGAUGGAUAAAGCGUCGCCCAACCUAUCGGCCGCUUCCAAGUCGGCCAGCUUGCCCGGUUACACUAAUCGAGGGUUUCACGGAGCCGUGUACAGCAAUAGCAGUCACGCCAAUGCGACACCUACAUACGGCGGCGGUAGCGGAAACGCACUGCCGUUUGUCAAUAAAAAUCGGUCGGACAAAUCCAGCGCCAAAGUCGUUGUGACCGACACUCAACAACUGCCGGGGAAAAAGAAGAAAUGGACCGGAUGGAGCGGCUUUUUCCGGCGCAAUAGUAAACCUGCUCAACAGACCCCGACCGUGCCCGAUGACAGCGUUAGCUCAGAUGAAGGAACCGGCCCGCCACAGGCUGCGUCUCCUAGCGUUCACGUUUCACCCGCUUCCGGCGGCCGUCAAACGAAACCUCACGCAACGUCGGAAGAGGCCAAUAAGAGGAGGCACUUCCUUCAACACCCGCCCAGGAAUGCAUCGAAGGACAGGUCGUCCGUCGUGGACUCGCUGAGUCCGUUGCAGAGCGAUCUCAGCGCUAGUCAGUCGUCGCUGAGUCGCAAAGAGCGUCGCGAGGCCAUUUUGGCUCGAGCUCAAGCGCGUCGCCACAAUGGCGGCAGCGUCGGCGGCAGCAGUUCGGACGAGAACGACAAAGAUGGCGUCCAUUUGCGGGCGCCGUCGCCGUCGUCGUCGUCGUAUUGGCGCGGACGCAGCCAGGAGAGCCUGACGAGCAACGGCAGCGCUAGUUGUCGUACCAGCCAUGCCAAGUCACGAACGGGCCGGACGGAGCGCUACUUACAGCGUCGAUCACGCGACGAAGAUUCCCUGCGAAGGGAAGUGCAACAACAACAACAACAACAGCAAUCGCAAAGUAGUAGACAUGCCUCUCCGUCGUGUGCGGACUGGUCGCCAUCUUCGCCGCCCCAUCCAUCAACGUCAAAGUGCGGCAAUCAGCGAUGGCUGUUGACGGCAUCGUCAGUCUCUUCGAUCCAAGGGCCGCGGGGUGGAGCCCAUCAUCCGGAAACGACGCCAUCAGAUGGCGGCCCACGGGUGGCCGAAUCGCCUGUCACUCUCAGGAAGCCAACUUAUGGCAACAACAAUAACAAUAGUCCGAUAGUUGGACGGGCUCAGUCGGCGUUGGUCACGCAUCCAAAGCUGGCCACCCCGCCGCCACCUCCGCCUCGCAAUCCGCUCAAAAAAUCGUAUCUGCUUCAAGUGCAAUCGAACGAGCCCCAGCCGUUGCCUGCGCAGUCCGCCGGCCGGCCGACUUCCUAUUCGUUUGGUGAUCUUUCGCGUUUUGGCCAGCAGCAUCUGCAGCAAGCGGCGUCUCUGCACGACUAUCAGAAUGUCGACCAGGACGGCCGACUCGUCCCGGCCAACGCGACGAUCAGCGAUCGCUCCAACGGCAACGUCCUCCAUUUGCCAGUGACCUCGCCCGUCCAGCGUCGAGUAUUGAACGGUUCGCCUCAGCAACGUCAGCCGGGCAGCCCGAACGGCCGCCAUCAUUCGGCCUUUUUCCCUUCGUCGGCCAAAUCGCCGUCGCCGUUCAAAUCGCCCGAGCAGGAACGAUCCAAACCGCCACCUUGGCUGGCGAGUAACGCGUCCGCCAUGAAACCGGCCGCGGCCAAUUCGUCCGCACCGCCCGUCCGCGAAUUUUGGCGUUCGAAAGAAGUCCAGCAGAAACAGCAGCAGCAGACGCCGCCGACGUCUAGCAAAAGCGCCAGGGAGCGGCUGGCUCCGUUCAACUUGACGGCCAACAACGGGUCCGUCAGUUCGCUCAACAGCGAUUUGUCCAGCCCGAGGAGCCGCGACGCCGGCCACAAUAGCGCGGCCUCGCCGCUAGAUUGCCCACCAUUUUAUAUGGCGACAGGAAGCGCUUUGAAUUGCGCUAAUGGAUCUGGCGUCAUAGCGUCGACGCCCAGGCGCUUCCCGGCCGCCGCUGCCGCCGCCUCCUCCUCCUCCUCCCACGACAACAGCAACAACAUGAACAACAAUCAGCCGCAUCACGUCAGGGAACUGUCGCAGUUGAAGCCCAGCACGGACCGUCACCUUGAACAAGCGAUUUGCGAGCUGGAACAGAUUUACCGCAGCCUCAAGCUGGACGGCGAUGAGGAUUUGCUGGACAGGGCCGAGCGCCGCGAUUUGCCCACCGUUCACCAACAGUUGAAUCAACACCAUUACCCGGCCACGGCGGUCAGCGUGUGCAGCGGCUCGGAAUCCGGAGGUGAUCCUUUAGGAGGUCACGGAAUCACGUCCGACCUGGACACGAUGAUGAAUUGGAGCAUUUCCGGCUCUUUUGAAAACUUGGUCUCCAGCAACACGACGGUGAAUUCGGAACGCGUCAGGGCGCCGCCCAACCGCCGAUCGGCCGUUCCGGAUAAAGUGGCUGACGAUAUGGCGGUCCGUCGCUUGGCCGCCGCGGCCCGCAAGAGCCAAUGCAACGACCCGCAGUCGAUCGCCGCCCAGUCUGGCUCGUAUCUACUUGUUUCGCCGUCGCUGACGGCCGCCAUGGGCGAAGACCACGACGUCAGCAGCCGUUCGGGCUCGUUUUCUCCCGAUGAGCCGGACGUGAUUUACGACGAUGUGGCCUACCGACAGAUCCGCCAAGCCAACAAGCCGCUGCGCGUUGCCGAACCGCAGCCGCCGUUCGGCAUCCCGUUGGGCCCCGUAACGCCCGCCUCUCCGUCUGAUUAUUUGCACAGCUCCGUCACGCCGGAGCAAAUGGAUUUGCGUCCGCUCCUGCAUCCCACCAAAUAUCCCGACCUCGUCCGCGAUGAUUUGGCCUUCCGCAAUUUGCGCAAAGACGCGGGCCAAUUGCAAUUGCCGCCCGGCCCGGUCAACACGGACAAAUUGGACGAUUUGCUCCAGUAUGUACCUCACGCUACCGCGCAAUCGCUCAAGAAGAGACGGGCCGUUCGAUCGUUGUCGGCCAACAUUGGCCAGCUGAUUAGGAUGGACGCGGCCCGUCCGAGUGGCGGUGGCGGGGUGGUCGAUUUCAACCGCGACGACGACGAGGAAGACGAGCGGUACAUCGGAUUCAACCCGUUCGAUUCUCGAGCGCAGAGUCUGUCCGACUUGCUGGACGAGUCGCCCGCCUUGGCGGCCAACAACAACAAUUACAGCAAUGCCAACAACAAAUCGGCCAAGACGCCGAGGGCCGUGAAGCAGCGCAGCGGAUUGAAGCGAGUUGGCAAGUCGAUCGAAGCCGAUGACGUCGACGCCAUUAUCCAACGUCAAGUGCGUCCCAUGGCCAGCUGGGUGGAACGGGCCCAACUGAGCGACGUUGCCGCUAGCAGCACUGAAACCAUUACGGCCGAGAGGAUUCCAGCGCUGGCCAAACUCUACCCGACAUCUGCGCUGACCGUGCAGCAGAAAAAAUCUGAAGUUUCCGCCCAGCCGCCAGAUUUGGAAAUGGACCACUUGAUUUCGGAAUUAUCUGAAUGCGGUGCACCGCCGCCGCCGCCGCCGCCGCCGGCUGCUCCGGGCGGACGUGCGAAUAGACAAGUGGAUUCAAGUGGACUGCAAUUGGCGCUGAAGCCACCGACGGGCUUUUCGAGCGAAGCGCAGACGAGCAGCGCCAGUCCGGCUGCUGGACACUGUUGGGAGGAAUCGCCGCUGUUCCAGUCGCAGCCUCAGUUCCACUUUACGCAACAGCGAUCCGCUUCGCCGGCCAAUAGCAGCGAUUCGGGCCAGGUGUCGUGCUGCGCCCGCGAAGUGCGCCAGAUCCUCCAUCAUCAGAUCCGGCAAGAGGAGAAGGAAAGGGAAAGGUUGGCCUCGAUGGCGUCAUCGUCUCCAGGUCGCAAGACGAGCCGGACCGACCCAGCGGGCGGCGAGUUGCGGACGGACAAAGCGUCGGCGUCGGCCAAUUCGUCGGUUGAUCGAAGUGUUCCGUUGAAAAGCCGCCCUGCACAAUCAACAACUGCGACCGCAUCAGCUACAACUCCGACAGCCAGAGAUAACCCGGCCGUGAGGAAAUCGAGCGGGCGCAGAAUGAGUAACAACAACGAGCCGGGAAGCGCUCCGGUCACGGUGGUGGAGAAGAGGGACGAACGGAUUGCCCGCUACAAGGAAGAAAGACGAAAACAAUUGCAGGCCGCCCGCCAACAAGCCGGAUUAGCCACCGGAACGGUCGGCCACGAUCACAGCUCAUCCAGCGAAGAUCUUCCGCACGAGGAACAAUCGUACGCUAAAUACAAGCACCGCAAACAGAUGCAGAAGCAACAGCUGGAAUCGCGGCCGCUGGAGGAGAGCACGACGGCCAACAUCGUUAGCGAUGUGACCAACUGCAAUCUGAGUUCGACCGGUAUCAAACGGUUCAUUAAGCGCGAGAGUCCGUUGACGAGCGAGGAGAAUAACGGGGCCGCUCCGGUGCGGAUUAACCGCGCCGCACGGCUCAGGGCCGCCGCCACGUCCGGAACUCCUCCGCCCGUCGAAGACAAGAUGGUUGUUCAGAGAGCAAAGAGAUUGUCCGUCCCUUUAAUGGAAAUGCCGCCCAUCGAUCCGUCUGGCGGGCCUGUUGAUAAUAGCCAACCGGCCGUCGUUGUCCUGCGGCAGAAGCUUCCGUCUUCAUCGUCGUCGUCGUCACUACAGGCUGGCAACCGUGAAAAAGAUAAAAGCACCAAGCGCAAAUCCAAUUUAAACCGGGCACUGACGGAUGAGCAGAUCCUCGCUACCGGUCAAAUUGAAUCUCAAGAAGAUGCGGGAAAGCGCGUCCGGCGUAGGAGGACGGCCGAUUUGACGGUGUCGGCAUCGUCUGCCGAGACGGACAUGAAUUCGAGCGUCGACAACGCGAUGAUCCGCCGGAUGGAAACGGCUUCGCGACACAGUCCGCAGCCUGCGGCCGAUUUGCGGGCCCAUCUACGCAAGACGAGUCAGCCGCCGGCCUUCAUCCGGCCCGUCGUCCCUGAAAUGCCAAACAGCGCUGGCGGAGAGAACGUGAUUGCAGCCACGGCCGUGGAGAGUUCGUCGUCGGUGCCGUGGCGAACGGGCAAAGUGGCCUCGGCCGACAAAGCGAUGGAGCCCAUCAGAACGGAGGAUUUAACGGCGCGGAUCGAAGCCCUGACGGCCAUGGCUCACCAAACGGUUGCCAAAGUGGAUCGCUUGACGGCCACGCCAGAUCGGGAGAGCAACGGUGCGCAUCCGGCCAGCGCUGGUGGAAGCGUCAAGGCCGUUGCGACCAAACUGCUCAAUCGCGUGGCCAACAUUCAGCCGACGCCAGUCAGCCCAAAUCUGCCCGUGUCCUUGCCCCGACGACCGGCCAAGAUUGAAUCGCCAAAUGUCUGCGUCCAUUCCAAUUCGAGUCCGGCUGUUAAAUUAUUGCCAGCUGCCGUAUGCACUCAGCAGCAGAAGCAGCAGCCACAGCCACAGACGCAGUCGCUUUCUAAAAAUAAACCGGCAGUCCAGCAAGCUGAUAAGACAGCGGCCGCCAGUCCCGCUGGCGUCGCUGCUGCGCGUGCCAACACGGCCAACGCCUCGGCUCUGGGCCGCAGCAAAACAGCUGAUCAAGAAAAGACGCAGAGCAAACCUGUCGAACCCGUCGGCAACGGCGGUGCGAGCGGUCCGUCGUCUAGCGUCAAGGCCGUCCAGGGAAUCCUGAAAAAAAAAGUGGAAGGAGGCGCCGAGCCGUCUGUCGUUCGCAUCCGGCCGGAAGUGUCGCCUGCCGAACUGUAUCCCAUCCUUCGCGUGGAAGAGGAGAACGUGACGCCGUUGGACCCUGUUUCCAUCUUGAAGAAGAGAUUCGAAGCCGACGCGGAAACGUUGGCCGUUUCGCCGGUUCCGGCGGAAGCCAGUGCCGAACCGCAUUCCAUUCUGAAGCGUCCGCUGAGCAGAGACGGUAGCGCCGAAUCGGCCCGUUCGCAAUCGCCCGUCGUCGACCCGAUCAAUUCCAUUUUGAAACGAGCGUCGCUGACGUCUUCGCCCGGAAUCAUCGCGCCGGAUCAGGUGCCGGGCAACUCUGAACCGAGGCCCAUCCUCAAGAAGAGAUGCUCGACGGAAGAUGCGGGUCUUGACGGACCGCGGCCCAUUUUGAAGAAGAAAUCCAGCACGGAAGAGGAGCACGAACUGGCCGCCCACAAGCCCAUCCUGAAGAGCGGCCGGAGGACGUCACCAGUUCACUGA